AUGGCCGCCGUCGCUGAAAACCCUCCCCUACCGGUGAACAACGAGAACACCGCACCCACCGAACAGACCGAAAAGGCCAACGGAGAUUCGGUCACGGUGUUCCACGAUGCCGACAACUUCAACGUGAAGCAUCCCCUGAUGCACGACUGGACUCUCUGGUUCACGAAGCCUCCCAGUGGCAAGGGCGACAACUGGAACGACCUUCUGAAGGAGGUCGUCACCUUCAACUCCGUCGAAGAAUUCUGGGGCAUCUACAACAACAUCACGCCAACCUCCGAAUUGGGCCUCAAGGCCGACUACCACCUCUUCAAGAAGGGAAUCCGACCCGAGUGGGAAGACCCCCAGAACAAGCACGGCGGCAAAUGGUCGUACUCAUUCAAGGACAAGCGCUCCGUCCCGAUCGAUGAGCUGUGGCUUCACGCCCAGCUGGCCGCUAUCGGCGAGACCCUGGAGGGCGAUGGCGACAGCGAGGUUAUGGGCGUCGUGGUGAACGUGCGUAAGGGUUUCUACCGUGUCGGUCUGUGGACGCGAACCGUCGGCAAGAGCCUUCCUGGCGACAAGGCCGGUACCCGCACACCUGCUCAGGGCAAGGAGGUCCUGGAGUCGAUUGGAAGACGGUUCAAGGAGGUUCUCCGCCUCAAUGCAAGCGAUGUCGUCGAGUUCUCCGGACACACGGACAGUGCCCACAGCGGCAGCACACGGGCCAAGGCCAAGUACACCGUCUAA